UUUCUCUUCCACACCUGCCUGUAUGAGUUCAAACAACACACCAGGACCCAUAAAUCUCCUCAAAUUCCACAGGCCAAAGCUCCGACUAAAUGAAGCGCGGAUACCACCUCUCAGCCAGCAGUCGAAACAAUGUCUACGCAAUCUAGUCGCGUACAAACCUCAGAAAUCACCCAUGAGAUACCCAAGAUCGCGGUGUGCAGCCGUCCUGGUUGCAUUGUUCGUCGGGCGUAAAGGGGAUCUGUAUGUUUUGCUCAGUCGGCGGUCUGCGACUUUGCGGACGUAUGCUGGUGAUACUUCGUUGCCAGGGGGCAAGGUGGAUCCUGAGGAUAAGUCGAUUGAGGAUACGGCGCGGAGAGAAGCACACGAAGAGAUCGGACUACCGCCCGAAAGACGGAAAGCACCUCUUCUCUGCGUUCUUGAACCAUUUCUAGCUUCGGAACUCAUCGUCACGCCAGUAGUCGUCCUGAUACUCGACAAUACCCUCCGUCCAAUACUAAACACAGCAGAAGUCGCCAGCCUCUUUUCCCAUCCGCUCUUCGCGUUCCUUACUACCAACCCUCCCUUUCCAUCUGAGCCCGAGUCGCUCGAGGUGCCGUACCAUACGUCAUGGGACUACGAUACUACGGGACCAAAUGGGUCGAAGCAGGGGUUUCGUGUACACCAGUUCUUAACGGGACGGGAGGCUGGUGGAAUCAAACCGGUGUUUGGAUUAACUGCAGCCAUGCUGAUACGUGUAGCUACUAUCGGGUACGCGCGGGAGCCGGACUUUGAAGUCCACCCACCAGGGAUGCCGUUCACUCAAGAAAGAAUUGCAUGGGCUUUGUUGAAUAGAAAGGUUUUCCGCGAUGCGUGUGAGAAGGAGGGUAUUGAUUUGUCGUAUGCCAGGCGGCUGGUGGAGACGGCGGGGAAGGGGCGGCGGGAUGGCACGGAGGCGGAGGAGCUGAAGAGGAGGAACAGGAGUAAGCUUUGAACUGGGAGGGGUUUAUAUGGAUUGAUUGGUAUAUCAUGUCUGUGGUUUUUGAUUCA